AUGAAAUGGGAACUGGCGGUCCAAAAAGAUCGCGUGAUUGGUCUUCCAAGGGUCUACCGACGAAGCUCACGGGAGUCCGUAGCCGUUGUUGGCUCCAAUAAUUACGUCCUUCCUCCCGAUGUGAGAUAUUGGAGCAAGCAUAAAUGGACGCAGCCGAAGGACUGA